AUGCAGCUGCCGUGGCUCGGGGCGCGCGAGCCCGGACAGGGGCACCGCUCGGGCGACCCGGGCCGCCGCGGCUUCCACUGGCAGCCGCAGGACGUGGCGGUCCUGGCUCCCCAGGCGAAGAUCUUCCUGGACUCCGCCGAGGCCGAGCUGGCGCGCACCCCGCAGGGUGAGGCGCAGGGGUGGGCCAGCGAGCAGUACAAGCUGCUGCAGAAGCUGCUGAAGUACCUCCACGCGACCGGCGAGGCCGAGGUGCGCGCGUGGGCCCAGCUCGGCUGGGGCGAGGCCAGGCUGCGGGGCCUCGAGGCUCGGCUGCGCGCGCGGGCCGCCGCCACCUUCGGCGUCGUGAAGUUCGCGCUCGCCAGGGGUGGCCUCCGCUGUCUCGACCUGGGCCUCCCUCCGACCAUCCGGGCCGACCUGCUCCGCCCCGCGUUCGCGGAGGUGGCCUGCGACGCGGUGUGGGCCAAGUUCGUCGAGCUGUCCCAGGCCAGCCCGUCGCCGGGGCUGCUCCCGAGGCUGCUGGCGGAGCUGAGCGGCUGCGCCGAGGCCGAGGCCGCCAUGCCCCCGGGCGGCGAGGCUCGCAUGGGCGGGGCCCGCCAGGAGUGGAGCGGCGCCCGCCCGUGGGCGCUGGGGGCGGCCCUGCUGCCGCUGGUGGAGCGCGAGGUCGAGGCCUCCGCGGAGGCGCUGCGCCGGGAGCGGCCCGUGCGCGUGGCGGUCCUCGGCGGCUGCUGCCUCACCGCCGCGCUCGCCGCACGCCUCGGCUGCGAGGUGACGCUGGUGGAGCGCGGGAGCCUCAACAGGAGGCUGCUGGAGGCCGUUCUGGAGGACAACGAUCUGGAGGUCGUCGUUGCCGACCGGGUGCCUCCCGACGUCGACGUCCUCGUCUGGGAGGGGGUGGACGAGGACACGCUGGUGGAGCCGGGGCACCUGCAGCUCGUCCGUGGACACCUGCAGGGCUGCGUCGGGAGCGGGGCACCCCUCCCGCGUCUGGUCCCAGAGAGGCUGUGCAUCAACGCUGCCCCUAUUGACGACACGCUGCCCCGCACGCGCGGCUGCGACCUCUCCCGCUUGGACCGCCUGCGCGGCUGGGAGCUGCCGCUGGCGCGCCGCUGGCCGCGGGGCGCCUGCCACCUGGCGCCCCGCCUCCGCGCUCCGCCCCAGCGCGUGUGGGAGGUGCGCCUUCGUGACCUGGCCGCAGAGGCCAUGGAGUUCCACCUGGACUCGCAGCCGCUCUCCUUCUCGGUGGCAGGCGGCGCUAUCGUGUCUGGCGUCGCGUUCUGGGUGGACGCCCCCGAUGCCGAGGCGGGCGCGCCCGCCGGCGCGCCCGAGGCCGCUUGGCUCGCCUGCACGCAGCCGCUGGCGCCGCGGCGCGCCCACCGCGGCGCUCCGCUGUCGCUCCGGGCGUGCCGCGCGCCCGCGCGGAUCUGGUUCGAGUGGGCCGGCGAGGGCGCCGUGGCCGCCUCGGGGGACGGCGGCGGCCCCGCCUCACCGAGCGGAG